GUUCCGGGCGGGCGACGGCGGCGGCACCGCGCUCCCCUCCCCUUCCCCCGUCCCGUCCCCUCCCGCCCCUCCGGGAGCGCGGCCUCGGCGGCGGCGCGGCGCCAUGGAGCCGCUCGCAGCCUGCUUUUGUGCUGGAAGUGAAGAUUUCAUGCCACGCUGCUGGUCUGGAUACGGCUGGCCUUCAGAAAGCUUAUCGUAUAGGCAAGCUGAAUUAGGAAGGAUCCAAAACGCCGGUGGUUCAGAAGGUUUUAGCAGCGUACAGUUGUGAGUUUGUCCCCCGUGCUUUCCUCUCGCGUUUGCACAUAACUGAUAAAGCAGCUGGCACGCGUUGACUGGCGUGAGUCGGUGCCAAGCAGAGCCAUGGGAACAGCUCCUGGAAGCAGAGCGGGCUGCGUCACGGCGAGGUGACGAGGAGAAUUAAUCUGCGUUCAGGCUGUGGGUAUGAAGUCUGAGUUUGUUUGCGAAAAGGAAAAAGAAGAGCUAUUUUCUCAUACAGGAGUCAUCUCUGACAUGAGCGGCUCGCUGCCUUCCUAGCAGAGGACCACACUUGUGAAGUAUGACGGCGUGUUCGGGCACGACAGCAGAACAGGGGGAGAUGCUUCCAGCAGCAGUGAAUUCAGCCGUCCUUUCUGAAGAGGACAACAAAAAGCGGUGAAUCAGGCUGAAAGCAUUCCGUGCAACACCUCUGGGUUGGAUGCCAGAGCUCAGAGCUCUGUCCCAAAGUGCCCACGUGCAGCAGAAGGGCGCUGCGGCUCGAUGACCCUUCCUCUGCUCCUUGCUUUUGUUGAUUUAAGCAUCACUCAGUGCCUUUUACAUUUUAGAAACAUCCCAUGAUGGGGGGCUAAUGAUCAGGAACCUUCUAGCUUUGUUUGGAGUCUACCUUACUGAAGGCAAAUACAAGAACUGCAUUACACCUUGGAUUGUUUGUUGAUGUAAGUCUUCAAUUAAAAAAAAAAAAAAAAAAGCCCCAAAUAGUUGAAAUUGGGUUGAUACACUUCUCAAAUACACUCUUCAGAGAUGUGUUUGACUAAUCCUGUCGUGUUUAAGCCCAGGCCCCUUCAGGAGCUCGCCCACAUGGAGGAGUUUGGUGCCGGUGCUGCUCACCCUGCAUGCAUUGCUUGCAGCUCUGGACAGGAGCUCAGCCCGUGGCUGCUUUGCACCAGUGCCAGAGGUCCCUAUUUCUGCGUGUCUUCCUGGAAAGCAGCUGGUGUGAGCCCUCCUUCCCUGCUUCAGGCAGGGUCAACAGCGGCUGUUUCAUAGGUUUGCAAUGAGCAGCCUGAGCUCUGAUCCCUGUGGGUGAGGGGGGUGCUCAGCCCUGAGCAGAGGAUGGUGACUUCUGGCAGGACGGGGAGCAGUGACAGCCACCACCCACCCACGGUUUGGAGGAGCUCCGGACACACCUUACUGAUGCCCUGAGGUCAUUGCCUCAUAAACCCCUGCCUUAUUUCACCACGAUGAGGAGAAAUUACUGCAGACAGUGCUAAAUGUGCACGCUUCAACCCGAGGUGAUCCAGCUGUGAAUGGCUUUUUAUAAGCUGUGAUAGCAGGAGCCACAGAGGCUUGUGGUGUGGUGGGCAGCCGUAGUAGCACAGCAUUGUUAGGCUGUUCUUAGAUCGAAGCAGUGUGCUCUUUUGCAGGUGAAUAUGUGAAAUCCCAACCGGAAUCUUUCCUCAGAGCACCACGUGGGUGUGCAGCGGCUGUUUCUUGGGGUUUCUCCCCACUGGGGCACCCAGGGAUGAUGUGCUGGCAGCGGGGCCGUGGAGCCGUCCAUAGCUGAGCUGUGCAGUGCUGCAGUGACACAGGCUGUGAGUGUUCCCUGUGCCUCCUAACGGCGAGGCUUUGUUAAGCUGUUUAUAGCUUUUUACGAGCAUUAGCUAACUAAGUGGUGCGGCAUCCCUGAAGGGUAGGCAUUUCUUGCUUUUCCUAACAAAGUCAUUUCUGUCCACGGGAGAUGCGUUGGAAGCGAGAUGGCUGGCGAUACCCCUGCGUUAAGUGUGACCUCGUGCCAGGCUGCACCAAAAAUAUGUGAAAUCCUGGAGGUUUGGCUGUUACAAACAUUGUCCUGUGCCCGCAUUUGCAUCCAGCAGUGGUGGGGGGUGGUGAUGUUGUAGGUGAAGGUCUGCUGGGCUUCCUCUUGCAAAUGUGCUGUUCCUAAAGAAGAAGGAGGAUGGGAAGCUCGGGGGACGUGUGCCACGUGGGGUCCGUGUGAGCUGCACAGAGCUGUUAGCUGAGUUCUUAUCUUUAUGGCCUUUGGAAGGAGACCGCGGAAGUAUGAAUGGAGCGCGAGGGCUACAGGGUGGGAGGUAAGGUUGGCUGUCUGAAGCACUGAUUCCAGUUUUAUCUGGCAAAUUCUGGAGAGAACUGUGUAACCCUGAGGUCUGAGAGAUGCCAGCAAUCACCUCGAACGUAGGUUUCUUAAUUAAGAAGCACGAGGAGUGCACAGCCUGGCGCCUGCUCCGGUUUCACGUAGCUCAGGGCUUGCAUCACGGCAGAAGAGGCGUUGAACUUGAGGAAUUUGGAACAGAUGAGGACACUGUGGUCUCUAAAAUGAGGAGUCACACACAGCUCGAGGAGAAUAUCAACACCACUGUCAAUGGUGUGGGGCUCUGUCUGCGUGUGCCUCGUGGAUGUCUCCUGCUGAGCUACUGGAGCUGCUGCUGACGCAGGGAUUGAGGUGCUGAUCCGGGCGCUGCUGACCCCAGCUGCUGGGAGGAAUCCAUGAGCACACGACCUUGGAUAUGGACAUCGUCCUGUCGGAUUUUGUUCGCUCGACAGGGGCAGAGCCAGGACUGGCCAGAGACCUGCUCGAAGGUAAAAACUGGGAUGUGAGUGCAGCACUGAGUGACUUCGAGCAGCUGCGGCAGGUGCACGCGGGGAACUUGCCGCACUCCUUCAACGAGGGACGCAGCUACAAACCCCCGGAGAAGGAGGCAGCCCGGCCGGGGCGACCACCGCUGCAGCGACAGGAUGACAUUGUGCAGGAAAAACGCCUGUCUCGAGGCAUUUCCCACGCCAGCUCCACCAUUGUCUCCCUGGCCCGCUCCCACGUCUCCAGCAACGGCAGCAGUGAGCACCUGCUGGAGAUGCCCAUCUCCACCUUCCAGCUGCCCGACCUCACGGUGUACACGGAGGAGUUCCGCAGCUUCAUCGAGCGAGACCUCAUUGAGCAGUCAAUGCUGGUGGCACUGGAGCAGGCCGGUCGCCUGAACUGGUGGGCGAACGUGGAUCCCAGCUGCCAGAGGCUGCUUCCCCUGGCCACCACGGGUGAUGGAAACUGCCUGCUCCACGCUGCAUCCCUGGGUAUGUGGGGUUUCCAUGAUAGAGAUCUCGUGCUUCGCAAAUCCCUUUAUACCUUAAUGGAUAAAGGUGUGGAAAGGGAAGCCCUGAAGCGGCGGUGGCGUUGGCAGCAGACGCAGCAGAACAAGGAGUCCGGACUCGUUUACACCGAGGAGGAGUGGCAGAAGGAGUGGAAUGAGCUGAUCAAGUUGGCCUCCAGCGAACCUCGCGUGCACUACGGCACCAACGGAGGCGGCUGCGGAGGUGUUGAAAGCUCUGAAGAACCCGUGUACGAGAGCCUGGAGGAGUUCCAUGUUUUUGUCCUUGCCCACGUAUUGAAGAGGCCCAUAGUGGUGGUGGCAGACACGAUGCUGCGAGACUCAGGGGGAGAAGCCUUUGCCCCUAUUCCCUUUGGAGGUAUCUACCUUCCCCUGGAAGUUCCAGCCAACAAAUGCCACCGUUCUCCAUUGGUUCUGGCAUAUGACCAAGCCCAUUUCUCUGCCCUGGUAUCCAUGGAGCAGAAGGAGCCCACAAAAGAUCAAGCUGUGAUCCCCCUGACAGACUCUGAGCAUAAGCUGCUCCCCGUGCACUUUGCAGUGGAUCCUGGGAAGGACUGGCAGUGGGGAAAGGAUGACAGUGACAACGUCAAACUGGCCAGUGUGACGCUCUCAUUGGAAGCAAAGCUGCACUUGCUGCACAGCUACAUGAAUGUUAAAUGGAUCACGUUGCCUUGUGACAUGCAGGCGCCUUUGGCCCAGCCGGAAUCCCCCACAGCCUCGGCAGGGGACGAUGCCCGUUCGGCUGCAGAGUCGGGAGAGUCAGACAAGGAGUCAGUCUGCAGCAGCUCAGCAAGCAACGGGGGCAGCAGGGGCUGCAAGGACAAAGAGAAACCAAAGAAGGACCGAGAAAAGGACAAGGAAAAGGAUAAGAAACGGGCCGACUCGGUUGCCAAUAAGCUGGGCAGCUUCGGCAAGACUUUGGGAAGUAAGCUAAAAAAGAAUAUGGGUGGGUUAAUGCACAGCAAAACUAUGAAGGGAGGUGUGAGCAACGGGCAGGGGGACACCCUGGAGAAGAAGAAGAAGGGAUCCUUGAAGACGAGGAAAGGCAGCAAAGAGGAAUCCUCCCAGGGAGACCUUUCGGUUCCUGGGGAGAAAAGCUGCACGGGUAAAGCAGCCUCCGAGAAGCCCUCGGACCCCUACAAGUACAGCAACGACGUGCGGCUGAGCCUCAGCAUCCUGCGUGCUGCCAUGCAGGGGGAGCGCAAGUUCAUCUUCGCCGGCCACCUGAAGACCGGCCACCGGCACCAGUACCAGGAGGAGAUGAUCCAGCAGUACCUCCUGGAUGCCGAGGAGCGCUUCCUGGCCGAGCAGAAGCAAAAGGAGGCUGAGAAGAAGGCACUGGGGAGCGCUGCCCCUGCCAAGAAGCUAGAGGUGGAAGUGAGGGGCGAGGAAGCGCUGCACGGCCCCGUGUACCCCCAGCCCCCCCCGGCCUACACCAUCCACACCCCGGAUCUGGCCAUCGGAGCUAAAAUGGCUGCAUUUCCCUCCAGCUACUCGGGCGUCUUCACCUUCCCCAGGCCCUCCGUGGUCAGCAGCAGCACGGAAGGGUCACACCCCCCCGGCUACCACGAGGGCCGGCGGCAGGUGGCGGGGGGGUCCUGCGGCAGCCUCCCCCCCUACGCCACCCUGCCCCGGCACUGCGCCCAGGCGCGGCCGCAGCCUUCGCACGUGGGAAGGUUCUCCCCCACGGACAUGGACGUUCAUCCCAGCUUCCCCACGGAGUGCGAGGCCCCCUCCUGCAUUCCCCCCCAGCACAGCAACGGUUACCGGGAGUACCUGGAGCAGGACGGCCCGCAUAAGGGAGCGCCCGCGGACAAAACGAGAGGCAGGGUUCUUUACAGCGUUCAGCAGACCAAAUGCAAGCAGCCAAACUGCAGCUUUUACGGGCACCCAGAAACUGGGAAUUUCUGCUCCUGCUGUUACAAAGAGGAGCUGAAACGCAAAGAGCGCGAGGCGCUGGUGCACAGGUUCUGAGCGCUGCCAGGGCGCUGCCGGCCGGACCUGCGGCACGUGGGGAAUGCAAUAACGGUGUGGUUUAUCCCCGCGCUCCUCUCGCUGGCUGGAAGGAGGGAGUGGGCUGACAGAGGCGUGCGGCUCUGCGCAGUGGAGGAGAGCCGGGCGAGGGGCUGGGAGGAGCCGUCCCUCCCUGCAGAGACUCCGGCCGAGGGCUCCUCCUGCCCAGGGCUGAUGGGAUCGGCACAGGGCGCUCUCAGGUGGGAGCUGCGGGUGGAAGGGGGUUCCCAGCAAUCCGUAUCCCAGACCAAAGCUUUCGGCUGGACCCCGAUGCCGCCUCACUCCAUAGCGCUUCCCAGGACGGAGCGAAACGCCCCACGAUCUCAGUAAGGAAAUCGCAGACCUUUCAACAGAGAGGUUUUUUUUGGUUUUUUUUUUUAACACUUUAUUAUUUUUUUUUCCUGGUACUGAGAGAAACGUAGUUGGAAUGGGAUGUUAUCAGUUUGUUUCGGUUGAACUGAGCCCGUGGGACGUCUCAGCGCCUUCAGCACCACAUGGGGCUCUGCCCCGACCCCCUCCCCCCCCCCGCGGGCUCAGCUCUGGUUUUUAAAUAUUGUUUUUUAAGCUCUUCGGGAGGGUGGGAGGGGGACGGCGGGUGGUCUCAGAGCUGAGUGGUGUUGAGUUUUCCCGCAGCAGCGCUGUGCAGAGCCGUUGCGUUGGCGGUACAGAGAUGGACAGAAGGCAGGUCGGUGCCCCCACCAGCAAUACCUCCAGCGUGGAGCAGGAGGGAGGACAGAGCCCUGCAGCACGGGAGGUAACGCCGCGCCGCGCUGCCCAUAGCUUCCAGCCCUACGUGGAUACACGCGAUAACUUUCUACUUGAGCAAGCUACUUCCAUACUACCUCUGUUCUGCUGAAUAGAAUUAACUCGGCUCCAUUUUGCUGAGCCACGUAACUGACCUUUAGGCUGAGUAAUAUUAAAGAUAUUUUUGAUAAUAGGGCUAAAGAGUGACACGUAAGGAAAGCGAACCCGUAACUGCGUAACUCUCGCACGCGAUGUGGUCCACGGCGUUCCCCGCUCAGCCCUGCAGCGGUCAGAGCAGCCCCCGGCAUCCCCGUCCCGCACGGGGGGGCUGUGAUUCAGCACUGCGAUGUUUGCACAGAUCUUUUUUGUAACUAGAGAUCCCAAACCGGGCUCGAUCCUCGGCCCAGUCCUGUACAGAGCGAGGUUCAGCAUUUUACCACGUGGAAAUAAAAGAUGAGUUCUGCCGAUAA